UUUGAUUUUGUUCAUGCUAAGUAUGGUAAAUGGUGCGUUUGGAAAACUAGAUUCAAAAAAUGUCGUUAGAGUUCGGCUUUAUUCUGAUCAACAUUUUCACUGCGAUUGUGUCAUUUUCAACUUUGUCUCAUGCCUUAUUGCAUCCUAGUAGCGUUUCUCAUAAUGUCUCCAGAAGCCGCUAUUACAUGACGACCAAUGAACUAUGGUUUAAUCAAACCCUAGAUCAUGAAUCUCCUAAUGAUCACCGCAAAUUCAGACAGCGAUACUAUGAAUUUAUGGACUACUUUCGAUCUCCAGAUGGGCCUAUGUUUAUGAUAAUAUGCGGUGAAGGUCCUUGUAGUGGCAUAGCUAAUGAUUAUAUAAAUGUAUUAGCAAAGAAGUUUCAAGCAGGUGUGGUUUCACUAGAACAUAGGUACUAUGGAAAAAGCUCCCCCUUUAACUCAUUAGCUACAGAAAAUUUGAAAUACCUUUCAUCGAAACAAGCCCUUUACGAUUUGGCAUCUUUCCGACAAUAUUACCAGGAAUCUCUGAAUAAGAAGUUGAAUAUAAGUAGUGGUGGUAGUGACAAUCCGUGGUUCUUCUUCGGGAUUUCUUAUUCUGGAGCUUUAAGUGCGUGGUUUCGGCUUAAGUUCCCGCAUUUGACGUGUGGAAGCCUUGCUAGUUCUGCAGUCGUUCGUGCAAUCUAUGAAUUCUCUGAAUUUGAUCAGCAGAUAGGUGAAUCAGCUGGUCAAGAAUGCAAACUUGCACUACAAGAGACUAAUAAACUUCUGGAAUUAGGGCUUAAAGUAAAAAAUAAGGCAGUGAAAUCUCUCUUCAAUGCCACUGAGCUUGAUGUUGAUGCUGAUUUUUUAUACUUAACGGCAGAUGCAGCGGUUAUGGCGUUUCAAUAUGGAAAUCCAGAUAAACUAUGUGUCCCGCUUGUUGAAGCAAAGAAGAAUGGUAGUGAUUUAGUGGUAACAUAUUCAACAUAUGUUAGAGAGUAUUGCAUGAGAAUUUGGGGAUUACGUGUUAGAACAUAUAACCGAAAACAUCUGAGAAACACAGUAGUUACCGCAGACAGUGCAUAUCGGUUAUGGUGGUUUCAAGCUUGCACAGAACUAGGAUAUUUCCAGGUGGCACCUAAAUAUGAUAGUGUUCGAUCUCAUCAAAUCAAUACAACGUUUCAUUUGGAUUUAUGCAAGAGCCUUUUUGGGAAAGAUGUUUACCCUAAAGUUGAUGCAACAAACUUGUACUAUGGAGGCGAUAGACUCGCCGCAACCAAAAUCAUUUUCACAAAUGGGUCAGAAGAUCCAUGGCGUCAUGCUUCCAAACAGAACUCUACUCAUGAAAUGCCUUCUUACAUCAUAAAAUGUCGUAACUGUGGCCAUGGAAGUGAUAUAAGAGGAUGCCCUCAAUCUCCAAUGGUCAUUGAAGGUAAAUCAAAUAAUUGCAGCUUACCCGAUUAUGUAAACAAAGUAAGGCAACAGAUGGUAGAACACAUUGACUUGUGGCUGUCUGAGUGUCGCCAAUCUAUUAGGAGUUCAAUAUAGAGAUGCAUUAUAGAAAUAAUGAUUCGAAUUGGACAAACAAUAUAAUAAACUCUUUAGUCUUUAUUAUUGAUUUUUUAAUCCAAAUUUGAGUGAACAUAGUCAACCUAAUGAAGUCGUUUUCUGUUUUAGAAAAUGAUGCAGUUUUUGUAUUUAUUGUAUGUGUCAUUGCUAAAAAUAGUUUAUAACUUGUAACAAAGACCGCAAUGUAGAAAUAUUUGACUUGUCUUUUAAAUGAGUUCCUAGAAGAAUUCAUCAUUUAAUCUCUCGA